UCUGUGUUCCUGAAGAGCAAGGUUGGCCCCGUUGGGCGGGGCUCAGUGUAAGGGCUCUGUUCUCCACUAGAUGGCGUUGCUUAGCCUGCUGGGGUGGGUGGUUGUGGCGCUUGUAGGCGCGCAUGCGCACCAGCGCCGAAAAUGGCGUCACCCGCGGACCCAGCGUCCAGUGUCAGAGUUUGUUCUCCCCGAUCAGCAAUCGCGCACCUGUCCUUUGUCUUGUGCUUCCGUCCACUCCCCGUCUUUACGCUGUCCGUGACCAAGCCCCAGGCAGCACCUCCCUCCUGAGUUUUAUCUCAGAUGUGGCUCCUUUGCCCGAUCUCUUACCUCUGAGGGACUGCGGCUUUGACCCGUUCCGCCCCUCUGCGGGAGGGUCUCACCGAGCAAUGGCCGGGUGCUGGCCACACCCAGGAACGUUUGCGGGUCCCUGCUGCCGCCGACACCCAGAGACUGUGGCCGGGUGCCAGCCCGCCCCAGAAAAAGCUCGCGAGAUAGUGGAGCAGCAGCGCCUCCGGGACUGUGGAAAAUCACAACACACAUCUGGCACCUGGCUUCACCCAAAAGGGACCUUGUUCCAGCACCGGCGAAUGUGCCUGUUCUCCCAGGUCCACUGGGGCCUUGCCUUUGGGGGACCCUCACAGCCUCAACCAGGUGUCCUCCCAGCAGGGGAACCGCCUCUCCCCGUGUGGCCCGAAGACGCCAGGACUUCAGUCGGCUCCUGGGGAUUCGCCCUUCCCACCAGAGCACCGCCAGGAUGAGUGCUGAAUUUCUAGGAAAAUUGCAUUAGAGACACCAGGGACUCUGAUGCCACGCAGAGAGGGAUACAGGUGAGGCCACAGGCAGAACACAGAGGGGUCCAGUGAGAGUCUCCAUGUGACUCUAUAAGAGUCUCGCUGUCCUGCAAGAACCUCAUGCCUUCCUCUCACUCUGCUCCCUAAUGAGCAGCAGGCCAGAAUAUGCUGAGCGGCCCCUUGUGGGGAGAAAGUCUCCAGCCACUGUGACUUAACAGUCCCCCAUGUGAGCUCCAGAUCACCACCUGUCCUCCCCUAGGAAGCCCACCAGUCGAGAAGCGCCCCCAAACAUCUGGGGCUCCCAGUCAGCUUUUCGGGUCUUGCGCUUGAAUGGGAGUGCAAACUUAAGGACCACGAACAUUUGGGGGAAAAAAAAGCCUCAAAGAUAAAGGACAAAAACCAAACCACCAGCAUAAACAAAGAAACUCGGAGAAGGCUGAGGCAGGAUUGGCACAAAGAAAACGGAAACAAAUUCUUCUGAGCACCCAGAGAAAAUCAUCAAAAGAUGUGGUACCCCAGAAGAUAAAAACAGUCUGCUAGGAAAAUUCAGAGAACAAUGAAGGAAAAAGCCUGUAGAAAUGAAUGUUCUAAUGUCAAAAAUGUCCUGCCAGCAUGAGCCCGCAGGCCCCACAACUCCACACUAACUGGUUCUUGGUUACUGUCUCAGUUCCAAGUUCGACCUCUGGACCAAACACCAUGCCACUGGGUGGGGGGCGGGGAGCCCACGCUGGGGCAGGGGAGCUUGGAAGGGGGUGCUUAAUCUGGGGCCACUAGGGUUUCCGAUUGGAGACUGAUACUGCUGUACCUCUUCUUUUGCUGGUAAUUCCCAAACACAGACAUUCCAGAUGCUUUAUAUAAGCUCCUGGGCCACUGUUUGAAAGUGUUAGAUCUCUAUAAUGCUACCCCAGCUGAAAUUAAAGCCACUCGUCAAAAAAUCAAUCAAUCAAUCAAUCAAUAAAAGCUUUGAUCUCAUACCCUUACUUGUAUUAUUUACCUAUUGCCACAAUAAUGCAGCCUAACAAAUUCCUCAAAAUGUAGUGGCUUCAGGGUCACCUGGGUGGCUCAGUCUUUGGCUCAGGUCAUGAUCUCACCGUCCGUGAGUUCAAGCCCCACGUCAGCUCUGUGCUGACUGCU